GAUGUUCUGUUUUUUCCAGUUGUAAAGUAUACACCAGAUCAGAUUAGGAAAAUGGAAGAAUCAAUGAAGAUUCGAAGAGCCAGUGAACCUUUAGAGCUUGUUAAAUUGGUAAAGCGAUUAAAGCAUGAAUUUUCGGGUGAAGAAUCAGUGGCUGAACUGCCACAGGCUGUUAAGCAUAAGAUAACUGAUGAGAUCCUGCAGAGAUUGAGAAGUUUGAGACCAAAUGCCAAUGCCAGUGAACAGCAAGAAGUUGUUGAAACCUGGCGCAAGGAGAAACUAAAAGAAGCCAAGAUGUUGGCCCUUGGAGGAGAGGGCUUGAAAUCAACUCUUUCACAGGAGGAAGCAGGGAUGUUAGUAAAAACCUUGGAGUCUAGUUGGGCUGUGCUUUCGGAAGACAUUGGCCUUUGGAUACCCACCGAGAUUAAUAAUAAAGAACAUGAUGAUAAGCCUGAGGGUGUGGAAGAUACUGAUGAGGAUCAAAUUUUAGCUGGGAGGCCUCUUCCACCAGAAUGCCGUGCUGAACUUCAUACGGAUUAUGAUGGUGCUGCUGUUAGAUGGGGUCUUACCCACCACAAAGAAAGUGCAGCUGAUUGCUGCCAGGCUUGCUUAGAUCAGGCGAAACAUGCAAAGCCAGGUGAAAAGAAAUGCAACUUAUGGGUUUAUUGUCCAUUGGAGGGUGGUUGCUAUUCCCCAGAUAUAUAUGAACACAAACACAUGGAGUGCUGGCUGAAAGCGUCAGAGAAGCCCCGACUGAACUUCAAGGACAGAUAUUCUGAAGCAUAUAGAAACAGCCACCCGACAGCUCCUGUUAUUGUUCCUUGGGUAUCUGGUGUUGUUAGUGUAUGACCGAAUUCUGAUCAACAAGACACGAUGGGCAAUCAAUUCGAGAUUAGCUGACUGUAGCUCUACCGAAAUCUUCACAAUGACCCAUUUACAUCCGAUGAAAAACUUAACCUCUGCUUGUUAGUACCAUAUAUCGUCUCUUUGGUUUUGGAACAACCUAGGGAAAAAGGUGGGGAAGCGGGUGGUGUUACUCCCACCCUACUUCCGACAAGUCAAUUUUUUGUACCAAGAAAUUUAUAUUGGUCAUUGGUGGUCUCAGCGCUGAUGAUUUUAAGAUGUGAAAGCCCAGUGCUGGGAUGAGGUUAUAGUAAGACAUGACAAGCUUUUCUUUGUGGAUUAUUAAUUACAAAUGCCAAAAUGGUUCUGUUGUAAGGGGAAA